AUGAUGGCUAGCGCUAAGCGCACUUGUGAAGGCUUAAUUGACUUCGAGUUCAAUGAAGCAAAGUAUGAUUCCAGUAAUCCUUUGGUAUUACCUGGGAAGGAUGAAUCCCUAUCUAAAAGAAAACGCCCAUCGAACCCCGACCAAAUUGUACAAAGCCAAAUUUUAUCUAAAAAGCGACGUAAAGAGUUGAUAAGAAAAGUAGCUCAGAAAGAAAAGAAACUCUCGCGUUCAGAGUUGUGGAAGGAAUUAGAAGAGUACAAAAAGCCUGAGACUGCCCCACAUAUUUCUGUCUUGCCUCUGUUCAACAAACUUAAAAGAACAGAAAAAAAAGCAACCAAUUCCAGUAUCAGGGGAAAAUCUUGGAAACGGCAGUGUGAUGAUAUAUCAGAUUCUUCCAAAUCUACAGACGAAUAUAGCAGUGAUGAAUCUGUUUCAGCGAACGAAAUUUCUUUUACUCCUGUGGUCUCAGAACAAGAUCAAGCUAAAAAUGAAGUUAACACACCCACCCCAAAAAUUCCUGAACACAGUAAUGAAACUGAAACUCUUGAGACAGGAAAAGUUUCUAAACCUGCUCGGUUUGUCCUUGUUUCAAGAACACCUGAGGUUGUAGCGUCUCGUCUCGCUCUACCUAUUUUGUCUGAUGAAGCAACUAUUAUGGAAAGUAUCAGUGAAAACGAUUGUGUCAUAAUAUGUGGCGCUACAGGCUGUGGUAAAACUACACAAGUUCCGCAGUUUCUGUAUGAGGCGGGUUAUGCUACAGAGGGGUAUAUGAUUGGAAUAACAGAACCCCGCCGUGUGGCUGCGAUAUCUAUGGCAAAUCGAGUUGGCGAGGAAUUGAAUUUAACGCCUAGUCAAGUUUCCUACCAUAUACGAUACGACAAAGAAGUAACCAAAGAAACGUUAAUAAAAUUUAUGACAGACGGAAUAUUGUUACAGGAAAUAAAACAGGACUUUGAAUUAUCAAAAUAUUCUGCCAUAAUUGUGGAUGAAGCUCAUGAGCGUUCAAUUUACUCUGAUGUUAUUCUUGGUCUCAUAUCAAUGGUGGUAAGAUUACGUCGUCGAAGGUUUACCGACAACAUACCGACAAACGGUAAAGUACUGUUACCACUGAAAUUGAUUAUCAUGUCUGCAACUUUAAAAGUAGAUGAUUUUGCAGGAAAUCGUCGUUUGUUUCCGCAUAGUCCACCACCAGUAAUUCAUGUUGAAUCACGUCAGUAUCCUGUAGCAUGUCAUUUUGCCAAAGUAACACAUCCAGAUUAUCUGAAAGCUGCAUUUCGAAAGAUUGUAUCAAUUCAUAAAACUUCACCACCUGGUGGAAUUCUAGUGUUUGUUACUGGUCAACAAGAAGCAAAUACACUUUGCAAUUGGCUUACACGAGCAUUUCCCAAACUGGAUGAUCAAAUGGUGGAUGUAACCAAUGACAAAUCUAAUAAAAGUUAUGGACAUCGAAAAGAACGAAAGAAAUCAAAUGAACCUAUCAAACCAAUUGCUUCAUCGAAUUCAUCAAAUAAUACUGUUUUAGAAGAAAAAGAUCAUAUUAAUGUGGGCAUUGAUUUAAAUAACUUUGAUAUUAUUCCUGCUGAUGAGGAGACAGAAAUUGGUCAUACUCGAAUCAAGUCUAAAGAAGUUGUUGCGUCAAAAGAAAAACAGUCGAAUAAUGUUACUUUUGAAACUGUAGGUGAUAGUGAUGUUGAAGAGAUUGGUGAAGAUGAUGAUAUACUGGGGCAAAUUAAUGAAAUUCGUAAUGAAUCUUAUCCAGGACCAGUUUAUGCUUUACCAUUUUAUUCAUUAUUACCACCGGAACGUCAACAAAGCGUAUUUCAACCACCACCUGAAAAUCAUCGUCUUAUUGUUGUAGCUACUAAUGUUGCAGAGACUUCAAUAACAAUCCCAAAUAUUCGAUUUGUUGUAGAUACCGGCAAGGUAAAAACCAAAGUUUACGAACCAGCUACUGGAACUUCCAGUUUUGAAAUUAUCUGGAUUAGUCAAGCAUCGGCUGAACAACGUGCAGGACGAGCUGGUCGUGUUGGUCCGGGUCAUUGUUAUCGUCUUUAUAGUUCACAAAUUUUUUCAAGUAUGAAACAAUUCUCUACUCCUGAUAUAUUGUCACGUCCAAUCGAUGAAGUAGUUUUAAUGUUAAAGUUGUACCUGGGCAAUACGAAACUCACAUUGUUUCCUUUACCAACUCCUCCUUCACCACAAGCAAUUGAAGUAGCUGAACGUCGACUGAUUGCUCUCGGUGCCUUAAAAGAGAUUACCAAUGCUUCUGGAGGUGUAUCUCGUAUAAUUACAGACGCUGGUAAAUGGAUGACACGUGUUCCAGUCCCUGCACGCUUUGCACGAAUGUUAUUAUUUGCAAAUCAGUGUCAAUUAAUGCCAUAUGCUGUAAUACUAGUUGCUGCUUUAUCUGUACCAAAUCUCUUCGUAUCUCAAGUUUCAGACAUACCUCUUUCAGAACAAGAGAAAACUUUUCAGUCGAAUUUUGUUCAACAGUUUGUCAGAAAAAAAGAAGAUUUAUGCUUAGGAGAUCUUUCAGUAUUACUAGGAACUAUAUGUUGUUUAGAGCGCUAUUCAGCUCAGCUCAGCGGACUGACUCCUGCAGAGCCUGGUAUAACUGAAUCUGUUGGUGGGAAAACCUAUGUGUCACGUGAUCCUGAAGGUGCAUUACGACAGCUUGUUCAUCGAUGUGGUGUUCGAUGGAAUGCAUAUAAAGAAGUUAGACAGCUUCGCAAACAACUAACCGAUAUUUUGAAUGUGAUUAUUCCAGAUCUUGGCCUUUCAAUUGAUUUAUGCUUACCUAAACCUAGUGAUUUCCAAAUGAAUCAACUAAGACAACUGUUUCUUGUUGGUUCACCUUGUCAAAUUGCUAAAAAGUUAAAUGUUCCUGUUACUGGCUUACCAGGUAGUGAACGCCGUAGAUUACGUUACGCUUAUGAAAUUCCUGGCAAACAAGGACCUGUAUUUAUUGAUUCGAAUUCCCCUUUGGCACGCGAAAACUUCUCCUUCGUUGCUUAUUUAGAACUACACACUACUUCAAAAUCAUAUCUACGCUCUGUUUGUGCUAUUGAUCCUGGAUGGAUACCAUUCUUGGCACCUCAUAGUUAUGCAGUCAAUGAGCUUGUAUUGACAGAUAAUGUUGAAACCAUUGAAAAAAAGUCUGAAAAUCUUAGUGUAUCUAACGAAUUGAAUGUGAAUGCAAGUGACGAUGAUGAUGAUAAUGAUGGUAAUCAUGGUUCUAAAUCUACUGCAAAUACACCAAACUCUCUUGUAUCCCUUCCUACACCACAUUAUGAUUCAGAACGUGAUAUUAUUGUUACAGGUGCAAAAUCUAUUACAUAUAUUGGAUUAGGUAUUGUUCCUGAAUCUAGUGCACCUUUUGAUAAUCAAUUUUUGGAUCUACCGAGUUCAGUUCUUGUUCCUAUAAACAGUAUUGCUGCAGCUCAAUCAUUAGGCUAUAAGGAAUCAUUAACAUGGAGUGUUCGAUGGUUUACUCGUUACCUUUUAGAAGGGCUAAUAUUUCCUGAAUUGAAAAAUUGGUUUCCUUUAAAAUUGAAAAAGAGUAUUUCACCACAAAUUGUAACGGUUUCAUGGGGAAUCAUUCGCCCUGAAGUGCGUUCUAUGAUAUCUCUCCUUGUUACCGACAAGAUCGAUUCAAAGAGGAAACUGUUACAGCAGUGGGAAUCCGACACCCAAUAUCUUUCAAAAGAACUGGCUUCUUGGAUACGCCCGGAAUAUAUCAAUGAUUUCCAUGCAUCGUGGCCACUGAUCCAAAAUCGCUCCACAUCUUGAAUCUGAAGUGCAGUUUCGAACUUGUAAAGUAUUUUUUAUCUUUACUAUUGUCUUUCUUCUCAAUACAUAUGUACA